AUGGCCUCCGGAAAAGCUAACCGUCAUACACCUCUAAAUUAUUGGGAGACGGGAUUCUCAGCGCUGAAGAUGACUACGUUGCCAAAUGCCCUGACAGACUUCGACAAUUCAAAAGACCGGGACAAAUUACCGUACAUCGAGGCAAUAAUCCAGGAGGCCCAUCGUUGGUAUCCCGUUAGGCCAAUGGGAUUUCCACACACAACCACUGACGAGGAUAUGUGUGGAGGGUAUCGAAUCCCUCGAGGAUCUAUCCUCAUGCCGAACGUCUGGGCGUUCACUCAUGGCCAAAUGGUGUAUCAUGAUCCAAUGCAUUUUACCCCUGAACGAUUCCUAAACACCGAAAAGCUUUCAGUGGAACCUGACCUCACCUCUAUGUUGUUUGGAUGGGGGCGUCGCGCUUGUCCCGGACGACUCGUUGCCGAGUCCGCCAUGUAUCUGACUAUUGCUCUAUUUCUCAAGAUCUUCGACAUCAGAAAGCCUGUAGAAAAUGGCCGUGAGAUUAAUCCGGUGGUUAAUAUUAAACCUGGAGUGGUCGUGCAUCCGGAGCCUUUUCAGAUCGUGAUCGAGACACGCAGUCCAAAACACAGGGCUCUUCUCAGCACCUACGCCGAUCAAUUUAACUGGGAUCAAAGUGAUUCAGUAAAAAAUAAAGGGAAUGGAGAGUUGAGGUACAUUCUAGAGCCAUGA